AUGACGUUGUGGACUUUCUGUCAGUCGAUGCUGCUGACGUUCAACGCGUUCGCCAUCCUGAACGAGCAGAGGUUCCUGGACAAGUACGGCCUGGGCCAGGGCGCGGUGAACUCGGGGUACGUGCCGUCGGGGAGCGCGCGCGGGCAGCUCAUCGGGGUGGUGACAGCGACGCAGUACGCGAGGGUGCCGCUGGUGGUGCUGAACGUGCUGGUGAUAUUCGUCAAGAUGGUGUUCGGAUAG